AUGAAUCAGAAUAAAUCGAAAUCGGUGAGUGCUAGAGCACCAACUGAAUAUAAGUUAUCGAAUAGUAGUAAUCCUAGUUCUAGGAGAACGUCGCUGGGGAAAGGUCUUAGUGAGAGCAAUGGUCUUUAUAUUCCGGGGGACAACUUUUUCAAUACUACUGGUAGAAUUGGUAAUGAAUCGAUUAAUGGGGGUACUACUACGAAUAUGAGUAGAAAUAUUGCCACUGGUGGUACUAGCAGUGAACUUGAUUUUAUUAAGGAAUUCUUGCUACCUAGCAUUCGCUCGCUGAAUGACUCGAUGAAUACUUUGGACAAGAAUUUCUCCGACUUGAAUAUCAUUCAAGAGAAUUUAAUCGAUUUUAAUGAAUCUUUAAGCGCAUUGUUAUACGGUAUGAUGUUCAACUCAUGGUGUGUAGCAUACCCAAGUAUACCAAGCGAUAUCAAGGUAGAGUUGGAUAAAGUGAAUAUUUUAGAUUCAAUCACUUUGGAGAGACACGAAUUACAAAGAAGGAUUGCUGCAUUACAAAACACACAUAAUAACGCUGCUUCUGGAGACGCUUCGAUUGCAAACAACAGAUUUGUACAACCUUCUCUUACUGUGGAACAAGUCAAGAAGCAUAAUAAUAGAUUGCAAGAAAUGGGGUACGAAGACGACAGGUUGUCGGACGAUGCAUACAUCAAUGAGCUUCACAAUUAUGACGAAGACGACGAAGUGAAUAGUGAAGCCUCGUUUGUUCUGAACCCGAUCAAUAAUGUGGCAGGACAUGCUAGCCAGCCGCAUACCGUGAACAGCCUCGGUCCAAGUAAUGUAUCAAGCAAUAGCCACAAAAACAAGCAAAGAAAUAGCAAAUUGAGAAGAAAAUCGAUCUUGCAUACGAUCAGAAACAGCAUUGCAACUCAAAGGAACGUCACGGACGCGAGGACUGGCAUUAAUGAUAUUGGUACAUCCGCCACCCGUAUAACGGGCAACAACACCCGGGGCCAGGUAAGAAAACCUAGCAAUAGAGCCACCUCCCGAACAUACCCUGCUGAUAACCAACCCAAAGAUUCAGAGGCUCACAUAGCCACGAGGGGGGUCAACAGAUCCCACACGGAUGCAAGACCCCCAUUCAGGUGA